AUGCAAAAGGAUUUAUCAUCCGUGCACGCGUAUGUAUUUAUUUACCCGUCUGGAGGCAUCCCCGAGCUCGCUGAAGAUCCCAGCUUGACCACCGUAGUCGGAGGUAAAAAACCAAAACCGAUGAGCGAACAGACGAAAUUGAAAACAGAGAACAAUAAAAAGAAAAACAAUAAUUAUGACUGCGAUAACAACAAAAGGCAAUAUAUGGACGUGACCGCUGCAGGUAUUCUCGCUCCGGGACACGUAUACUCCACUCAAACCACCAGGAUGAAUCCUUACACGUUCUUCUUCUUAUUGGAUUAUAAUAUAUGA